AUGUCGUCGAUGUGGAUGUCCGAUACCCAAAAAAUCGGAGUGAUUUUUUGCUCCGGAGGCGGUUUCUUCCUCAUCGGCGGAGUAAUGCUCUUCUUCGACCGGGCCAUAACACGAUUAGCUGACCUCCGUUUGCGCGCCUGCCAGAUCCUAUUCCUCAUUGGCCUCACAAUCAUCAUCGGACCCCAAAAGACGCUCCUCUUCUUCGCGCGGAAACAAAAGGCAAAGGGCACGGCGGCCUUCUUCGCGGGGCUCGCCUUGAUCCUGCUGCGGUGGCCCCUGAUCGGCUUCUGCGUCGAGCUCUACGGCAUCAUGGUUCUGUUUGGCGACUUCCUCGGCACCAUCGCCGCGUUCGCACGCAACAUUCCGGUUAUCGGGCCGUACAUCGGGGCCGCCGUCGACCGGUCCGGGGUCGGACGGAGGAAUGCCGAGCUGCCUGUAUAG